GAAGCCACGCCUACCAUGCCAAACAAAACAGGGGCAGAAACAAGCUUCAAAAACUCCAUAAGCCGAGUCACCUUGCCAUUAACUGUGGAAGAGUAUCAAGUUGCACAAUUGUAUUCAGUGGCGGAAGCUUCAAAGAACGAGACCGGCGGUGGGGAAGGCAUUGAAGUAUUAAAAAAUGAACCUUUCACUAACCAUCCGUUAUUGGGUGGAAAAUAUAGUUCUGGUCAAUAUACAUACAAAAUAUAUCAUUUGGCUUCAAAAGUUCCAGCAUUUAUAAGACUGUUGGCACCGCGAGGCUCACUGGAGAUACACGAAGAAGCCUGGAACGCUUAUCCAUAUUGUAAAACAGUAAUUACGAAUCCUGGUUACAUGAGAGAUAAUUUUAUUAUAAUAAUUGAAUCACUUCAUCUUGCCGAUGUUGGUGAUCAAGAAAAUGUACAUGAGCUGCCUCCUGAAAAGCUAAAAAUCCGCGAAGUUGUCCAUAUUGAUAUCGCCCAUGAUCCCGUUACACCAGCGGAUUAUAAACUUGAUGAAGAUCCCACAAAAUUUCAAUCGACAAAAACCGGUCGUGGACCAUUGGUUGAAUCCGAUUGGAAAUUAAAAGUUAAACCCGUAAUGACUUGUUAUAAAUUGGUUACGUGUGAAUUUAAAUGGUUUGGUCUUCAGGGAAGAAUAGAAAAUUUCAUACAGAAAUCUGAACGACGAUUAUUCACAAACUUCCAUCGUCAAGUAUUCUGUUGGAUGGACCGUUGGCAUGGCCUAACAAUGGACGAUAUACGUGCGAUUGAAGAAAAAGUAAAAGAGGAAUUGGAUAAACAACGCAAUGAAGGCGAAGUGCGUGGUACUAGAGCCGAUUCGGAUUAGGAUUAUCUCCUAUAAAUUAAAAUCGAUAAGGCUUUCGUUCAUAUUAUUAAAACAAGAGUUUUUAAGAUUAAAAACAGCAACAACAACAACAACAACAACAAACAGAAAACAGCCGAAUAGAAUAACAUUUAAACAAAUCAAACAAUCGUAAAGUAAAAAAGUAAAAAAAAAAAAAUUAUAAAAGAAAACAAAAGAGAAAGAAUUAAAAAAAGAAUACAAGAAUCCCUCCUUUUCUAAGCUAAAUGCCUGGCUCUCUCAUUUUGAAAAACAAUUUAUAUAUAUAAUAAUGUCUUCUAAUGAAUUUUGUUCCUUUAUAUAAAUUUUUCUCUUCUUUUCUUUUUUAUGUUUUUUAUGUUUUUUAUUUUUCUCUUUAUCUUGCAAGCAAACUAUUUAAUUACUUCUAUAAUUAUGUUAAAUAUAAUUUACUGCAUUAAAAUAAGAAAUUGUAAAAGGAAACACCAAUUGUCCGAAAGCAAUAGUUUUUUAAGACGUAAAUAAUUUAAAAGAAAUUUUUAAAUAAAAAUGAAUGAAAAAAAAAAAGAAUAAAUAAAUAAACAAAAGUUUAUAAUAAAAUUAAAUACUAUUGUGCACGUGUAAGCAAAGGCGUUUAGUAAGUUUUUAGUAAGUUUUAACAUUUUACUUACUUAUACGAAGGACCGACACUACUGAGACAUCAUUACCUAGAGACAAUUAGUUCG